AUGAAUAAGAAUGAAAUUACGCUGGGUGGUCUGCGAACAAAAGAUGAAAUGUGUCUUCAUAUCUUCAGCUAUUAUCCUAGAAUGAACAACUUUUAUUCAUGUUUAUCAAGAAAUGAUAUGUCGGCGUGGCAAUCUAUGAUGAAUACUUCAUCAUCGAUCUCUAAUAACAGCGUAUUGAAACAGUGGCUACUCAAUAUCAAAUGGACACCUGAAUUGGCGGUCAAAUGGCAAGAAUUCUAUGAUAAUGCGGCACGUGUUGUCUACUUUGGUACUGGUGGAAUGAAAGGAGCUGACAUUGGCAUAGGAUGGGUAGAUCAAGCUGGCAAUGUACAUUUUCAAGAUCGUUAUGCAUUCGGUAUGGGACUACCUAUCAUCGAUAAUACAACAACAGAUUGGUUUCAUCUACAAGGUCGAGAACAAAAUGGAUGGACAUCGAUUCAAUUCAAACGUUUGCUUGAUACAUGUGAUUCAAUGGAUGUUCCGAUCAUAUCAGGAACUAAUAUUCUUAUUUUUGCCUAUGGUCUUGUCGAUCCAGAUCUGCUUCGAUCGGGUAGUGACAUAUCAUAUCAUGAUACUCGACGAGGCACAAGAAUUAUUCCACUUCGAUCUUAUGGAAAUCCAUCUUCGGAAGAGAAGUUUGCUGGACUUGAUUCAGUGGACUUCCGUGUUUCAAAUUAUCGGGUUCCAUCGGAGGAAUCAAACUAUUAUUGUAAAGUCUACAAAUCUCCUGCUCAAUUUUUGACCAAACGACAUGCUGUUGCGCACAAAGUUCUGAUCGAUUCAGCUAAUCGAGAUCUUGUACAUCAUCUAGUUCUUUACGAAUGUGAUCCUGCAGCUGUAUUUGAUGACACCAAUCUGCCAGAUGAUGUGUGCGAUAAUGUUUAUGCUCACGUCCAUAUGUGUAUGUCAAAUAGUGCAAUUGUGUGGGCUGUUGGUGGUGACGAUAUCGAAGAGUUUCCUGAAGAAGCUGGUUACCCUAUUGGUGGUGAUUUACCAGUGAAAUAUUACGUGCUUGAAAUACAUUAUGACAAUCCAAGGCGAACAUUGAAUCGAAUUGAUAGUACAGGCGUUCGAUUUUACAUUGGCAAAGAACUUCGACAAUAUGAUCUUGGUUUUCUUUCAUUUGGUACAGGUCCAAACCCAAGCUCGCUUGCCAUUCCACCACAAGCCAAUCAAUUUGUCGUUGACUCCUAUUGUUCACCGAGAGCUACUCAACAUUUACCAGAAUCUGGUAUCACUCUUCUGUCAGCCUUUCCUCACACUCACUUACAAGGCAAGUAA